AUGUCGUCUUUCAAGCGGCACAUCCCAUAUCUCCCAUACCACAAGUCGAUUAUCCGAGAGAUUUGUACUCCGCAGAAAGAUGAUCUCCUCAUCAUCGCGAAGGGCCUCGGGAUGCGACGCAUCAUAUGCGCUCUUUUGAAAACGUAUGACCGUAAGGAAGACCUGAUCUUGGUGGUCAACGCGACUCCCUCCGAUGAGGCUGGUAUCGGAGACGAGCUGGGCAUCAUGGGCGUCCGAGACCCCGGGUUUAGGGUCCUCACUUAUGAGAUGAACACGCAACAACGAGAAGAUCUGUAUCGAUUAGGCGGCAUCUUUUCAGUUACCAGCAAAAUCUUAGUCAACGAUCUCCUGAAGGGGACCGUGCCCGCUAAGCUCAUCACUGGCCUCGUCAUCUUGCACGCCGAAAAGGUCUCUCAUGGUAGUCAAGAGGAGUUUGCCGUCCGUCUCUAUCGACGUGAGAACCAGAGUGGCUUCUGCAAAGCCUUCUCCGACGAGCCAGAGGCAUUCGCACACGGGAUGUCCCCGCUGAAGGACAUGCUCGUCAACCUCAACAUGAACAAUGUCAUGGUCUGGCCCAGAUACAAUGAAGGGGUCAAGGUCUCACUUGCGACGCGGAAAGCCGAAGUCGUGGAGCUCUAUCAGCCGAUGACAACCCCCAUGCGGCUAUGCCAAGACGCCAUCACCGAGUGCAUGGAGGCUAUGCUUGUUGAGCUCAAGCGGGAUCAUUCCUUAAAUCUGGACCUUGACGACAUCAACGUGCGGAACGCACAAUUCAAGAACUUCGACACGAUCGUGCGGAUGCGCCUGAAACCGGUGUGGCACAAGGUCGGAGCCAAGACUCGAAUCCAUGUUGCUGCUUUGACUGAGCUGCGUAAUCUACACACCUGGCUGCUGGAGUACGAUUCGGCCACAUUCGCAUCCUACAUCAACACCCUCCAACGCCAAUUCUUCGUCGCCGAGAAGCUUCCCAGCGGGUAUGGAGGGCGCCAUCAACACGACUGGUUCAACGCCAAGUCUGCAUCUCAACUCGUCGAGGCCAGCCAGGGUCGAGUCAGCCAGAAGAAGCUCGUGAUGGAUAACGAGAUCGAAAACCCUGAUCAGCCGGACGACGGCUGGGACUCGCGUCAUCGAGAUCAGCGCUCCGCCAGCACCACUCGGCGCGAGUUCGAAGAUGAGGAGGAGGCCAUGCGGGAUCUAGAGGGGAAUCGAGGAGAAGAUGACGAGGACGUGAUGGAGAUGAUUGCGACCCAGUCGCAGCCUGUCCCCCGCCCCGACUCGGAACCUAUCGUGAUCGAUGAUGACGAUGAGGAGAUGCGGGAGGUGGGGCCGGACGAACAGCCUUUGCCGCCCGCUGCGGCACCUCCGCCCGUAUUCCGCCCGGUCAAUUUCGACCUUGAUGAGAAUCUGGAGAAGAGCGUGAAGAGCCGGAUGAAGAAGGGGCAUGAGCCGGUAUUGGAGGAGUUGCCAAAGUGGGCGUUGUUGGCGAAGAUCCUGAAGGAGAUUGAGGAUACAAUGGCGAGGAUGCAGACGAGCCGUGCCAAUGAGCCAGGAACCAAUAUCGUGCUCGUCAUGGUCUCCUCGGACCGCACCGCCCUCCAGCUCCGCCAGUACCUUACUACUAUGAAUACAACGGAGGAGCCACUCUUUGGUCCCAAAGCAGGUCGACGGAUGAUGGAAACACUCUUCCUCUCGAAUUGGCAGCACGAGAAAGUCGGUGCGCACUUUGGUACGACGUUGAUGCCUGGGGGAGGCGAUGAAGUGACCAAGCGGGGCGAGAUGGAGCAGAAGAAGAUGGACGAUAGGCGGAUGCAGAAUGGGAGACCAUAUUACAAGCGACGGAGGAUGCGGGGAGGGAUGAUGGCUCCAGGUAUCAGGUCGAAAGACAUCGAUGCGAGCGAGAAGGAGGCGGCUAUGAAGGCUGCAUCAGCAUUUGGCGGUGGAGGCGAUGAGGAGAACGUGGAGAUGCAAUGGGCUUUGGCAGAAUCGUCAGUCUCCCACGCCUCCCAGAGCCUGAUGGCCUCGGCCGAAAUCAUCGAGGAAGAAGACCUGAACCGUCUCUCACAAGGUCCUGCGAAGCUUUCGGACGCGGACGCCGCAGCUGUCGACGCGUGGCUGAAGGAGCGGGGUAUCUUCCCCGAAGACUUUGAUACCGACUUUGGACUGCUCGAUCCGGAGGACACGGUCAUUAUUCGGCCUUAUGGCGGAGAAGAUGACGACAUCCUGCUCAAUGAGCUGAGGCCGCGGUUCGUCGUGUGCUACGAGCCAAAUUUGGCGUUUAUAAGGCGAUUGGAGGUGUCUGACCGCGUGCGGGUAUACAAGAAUUGCAAUCCCGGCCUAGCGCUCCGAGUCUACCAGAUGGUGUACGCCAACUCGUUCGAAGAGGACCGAUUCUUAAGCUCGAUGCAAAGAGAAGAUGAUGCCUUCAAAAAGCUCAUCGAUGAUCGCUCUAGCAUGGUUAUACCUAUAUACAACAACAAUCCUCGAGCACCCAUGCGCGACAAUGUCACGCGUUCAAAGACAACCUACUCGUCUCGAAAUGCCGGAGGCGGUGGCGACGCAGCUGAAGAGGCGAGGAUUAUCGUCGAUAUCCGAGAGAUGGGCGCUCUUCUCCCCUCGCUCAUCGAUGCGGCUGGCAUAAAGGUCAUCCCGGCGACAUUAACAGUGGGCGAUUAUGUCAUCUCGCCAAAGAUGUGUAUCGAGCGGAAGUCUCUGCCGGAUCUCGAGGGAAGUUUCGCGAACGGAAGAUUGCACACCCAGUGCGAGUCCAUGACCGCGCAUUACGAGAUCUGUAUCCUGCUCAUCGAGUUUGAGGAAGACCGAUUUAGUCUUCGGACUAAAGAAGACUCGAAGCGCGAGUCGAUGGGCCAAAAUAAGCCCAAGGAAGAAACAUGGGACGCCUUCCUCUUACAAUCCAAACUCGUCCUUCUCACCCUUCACUUCCCCAAGCUCCGCAUCAUCUGGUCUUCCUCUCCGUACGAAUCCGUCCGAAUCCUCUCGGACCUCAAGCUCAAUCACGACGAGCCGGACGAGCUCACUGCCAUUAUCAAAGGCUCGACCUCCGCCUCUGCCUCCGCAGCCGGUAUGGCGCUGAUCCCCGAAAUGGAGAAUACCGCGGCGGUGGAGAUGUUACGUACGAUCCCCGGUGUGCAGGGCCAUGCGUUGAAAUACGUCAUGAGCAAGGUGGAGAGUAUCGGGGAGUUGGUUGAGCUCAGUGAGAAGGAGUUGAGGGAGAUGUUGGGGGAAGAGCAAGGGAAGAAGGCGCAUCAUUUCAUCCACUUUGAUGGGCGGCGGGGCGAUAAGUGGGAGACGGAGGAGCGGUAUGCGCAUGGGCUGGGUAUAGAGCUGGAUUGA